CAUUCGAAUCGGUCGCGCGUCGUCGGAAACAUGUAAGACGAGACGAGGGACCGAAGCUGGAGAACUUUCGUCCGUCUUUCGAACACAGAGGCAGAGCGCGAGAAAAGGUGACGCGGCGGGUACCGCGGAGUGUCGAUCCGCUCCGGUCGCGCGCUCCGAAAUCGCUUGGUCCUGGACACGCUCCGUCUCUCUCUUUCGCGCGCGAUCUUCGGCGAUCGGAGAUCUCACAGCCCGACGUUUCGCACGCCGAUAUAUCGCUCGCGUUCGCGGAAAGAACGAUGCGAAACACGGACCGUCGUCGGCGGCGCAUGUAAGAAUGCGAGGCUAAGAAGGCAGCACGAACGGCCUACGUAAUCUCUUCUCUCCUUCGCGCUUACCACGAGAAGAUUCUACUUCAGGAAUUCGGCGGUCAAGUUAAUAGAGAGAAAGAGAGAGAGAGAGAGAGAGAAAGAAAGUCCACACGGGAUCGCCGCACGCAACAACUUACGCUCGUCAUGUCAAUGAGCUACCUGCUCGUGUCUUUGCUGAUCGUCGCGUGGCAAAGCGGCGCGCAAGCCAACUGGUGGUACUUGGGGCUGGAGCCGAGGCUGACAUCCGGCCCGAUCCAAGGGAGCGGCGUCGACUCGCAGACGCAGAUCGCCGGCGCGGGUGUGAUCGGUCCGGCGAGCGCCGAAAAGAACUGUAAGAACGCGCACCUGACCACCAAGCAGCAGGCAAUAUGCUCCCGCUCGCCACCCGUCCUGCAGGCAGUUAGAGCGGGCGCUAGACUCGCCAUAGAGGAAUGUCAGCACCAGUUUAGAUCAGCGAGAUGGAACUGUUCCGUCAGCCCGGAAAAUCCCGAGAACGUGUUUGGCGGCGUCAUGUUAGUCAAUAGCCGAGAGGCCGCGUUCAUAUACGCCGUAUCAGCAGCUGGAGUCGCUUACAGUGUCACGAGAGCUUGUUCCAGAGGCGAGCUUACCGAUUGCUCCUGCGACAAUCGUGUGAGAGCGCGACGUCCGAACAAUUGGCAGUGGGGAGGAUGCAGCGAAGAUAUACACUUCGGGGAAAAGUUUUCACGGGAAUGGUCCGAGAGCGGGGAGGAACCGUUGAAGGAGGGUGCUCUGCACGGGCCUAAAGGGUUGGCUGGCCAGCUGAUGAGGAAACAUGAUACCGAGGCCGGUAGACGCGCCAUUCGCUCCAGGAUGCAGCGCGUUUGCAAAUGUCACGGCAUGUCUGGCUCGUGCAGCGUUCGUGUGUGUUGGAGAAGACUACCAUCGUUCCGAGUGGCCGGUGUCGCCUUGGCGGCUUUACAUGAGGGUGCCGCUCUGGUGCGAUUGGCGCAACGCGGCGGUAGAAGACCGGCCAGGCUAAGACCGGCACGUCCCGAUCUUAAACGGCCGAACAAAACGGAUCUGGUUUAUCUCGAGGACAGCCCCGAUUACUGCGAAAGGAAUCUCACGCUCGGCAUUCCUGGUACGCGAGGAAGAGUGUGCAAUCGGACGUCCCUCGGUCUCGACGGAUGCCGGCUGCUGUGCUGCGGUCGGGGCUACCAGACGCGAGUGCGGGAUGUCACCGAGAAAUGCAAGUGCCGAUUCGUCUGGUGCUGUCAUGUCAAGUGCGAGAUGUGCCGGCACACGCGGGAGGAGCACGUGUGCAACUAAACGACAGAUGCAUUCCGUGGUCCGGCCUAUCUGCAAGAACGCGCUCACAUCGUUCUUUAUAUUCCGAUUAAUUAUUCGUUGCUACUUCGUGUUAUAUAUCCGUAAUUGACGUCGUGAGAGGCUACACGACACGUUUACAUCUCGAUAUGGUUUCUACCUGACAGUCACAUAAGCGUCAUCC